AUGGUUCGCAACCGAAUGACUCUCAUACUCAUUUGCUUAACAGUCGUACAACUCGUUCUGUUAAUUACAAUAAAUUUCCUUGCAAGCGAGAACUCGCAACUGAAAAGAACUAUCGAAAUUAUGGCCUCGGAGGCUAAAGGCAACAAUGGAACAGCAACGUCUUCUGAAGCCGUGGGCACGAACAAAAACGAGAACAAAAACCCACGACAAUUUGUGCCGUCAGAGGUCACUAUUUUGUUGCUGAAACGUGAGACUUCGUCGUUUGAAACGAAACUCAAGAAAAUGAAACGUUUGUUUCCUUCGUCGCCUAUCAAAUGGGACGGUAAGCCAGGCAACAUGGGACAGUCAUUGAAUCGCAUGAUUGAAGAGGUUCAAACUACAUAUUUUAUGGUUUUGGAAGCCGAUGUAUCGCUCUCUGACAAAACCAACGAAGGAAUAGCUACACUAUGGGAUGCUUUGGAACGCUUUCCUGAGAUCGAUUUCAUUGGAGGGUCAUAUUUGUCUGACGAUAAAUUGCAUGUAGCUUGUCAACGUUAUAGGCUUUGCAAAUGGACAUAUUCCGAAAGCUUCGAGUACAAGCGUUCGCUUGAUAACAUUAUGAUCUGUGAUGGAACGUCUGCGUCGUUUAUGGGAAGAACGAAAAGCAUGGCAAAAGUACAAGAUGGCUUUGAUGCAAAUAUAUCGGACAUAUUAGUCAUGAAGGAUUUCUUUGUUCGAGCAAAGGCUACCAAUGUAAUUGUGGCAACUAGGCCAAGUUUCAUAUUGUUGCUUGAUGGAUUCAAGAGUUUGUAUGAAAAGUGGCAGUCACAUGACAUAACCAAGGAUUUAGUUUCAUUUGCAAUUAAAUAUAAGAUAUUCAUUUUCAAGGAUGAAGAAGGAAACAUCGUCGAUUUGUGUAGUUCAACUAGCCCACUCAGUGGAAAAGAUGUUUGUAUUGAAAACAAUGCACACAAACUUAUGCUUAAUAAUGGACACUGGGCUUACCAGGGAUUGUAUACCUACCCAUUUUUACUGGGAUACCUGAAAGUUUCAUUAAGGGAGGUUACUAAUUUUUUUGAAAAGCGUAAUGUAAAUUAUGUACUUAAAGGCGGAGUCUCUUUGGGAGCAGUAAAAAUGCAUUCAAUUUUACCAUGGGAUGCCGGCGACGUUGAUAUUAUUGUGUAUGGUAUGAGUGUGGCACAGUUACUGAAUUUAUUGCGACCAUGGGCGACUGAGAUGGGUUAUGUCUUGCGGGAACAUAGUGAAAGUGAAGCUGUCCAUAUUUUUUGUACACCUAAAGCAAUCGGAGAUGUUGCUGGUGGGUUGGCAUCAAUAUUUCCCACUCGUGAUCCCCCACCAAAAUACAUUAGAAUUAAAACAAAUGGCAUGUGGGUUAGAUAUCCUAGAAAUCUUUUUCAGGUUAUCAUGAACUUUUAUGGUCAUGGAUAUCUAGAGCAUAAAAUGUAUAGAAAGAAUGAUGCCAUCCAUUGUAAGAUAAAAGGUCACAAUGCCUGCCUGCCUAACUUCAAGUCAUUAUUUAAUGGUAAAGGUGGAACAUACCAAGAGUAUUUUUGUGAAAUUUAA